AUGCCAUCAGUUCAAGUUGAUACCCUCGAAGAAAGUAACGCUCAUGCAGUACAAGUAAACCAUCGAGCAGCGAACGGUUUUAACAGAGCACCAUCGCUACCAGUUCGUUUGAUUUGUGAAGCGAUUGGCACAUGCUGCUUUGUCCUUUUCGGUGCUGGCUGUGCAACAAAACCAGGAUCUGGUCUAUUAGCGAUCUCUACUGCUCAUGGCAUUGUCACAGUCUGGCUCGUGUACGUAUUUGGAUCGGUGUCCGGUGCCCAUUUCAAUGCUGCGGCCACUAUUGCUUUUACAAUAAAUGGUCAAAUGAAAAUACUUGAUGGAUUACUAUAUAUUGUUGCUCAAGCAUUUGGCGCCCUACUUGCUGGAGCACUAUUACUAUUACUGUACUAUGGCAACGAUACCAAACUAGGUACACCAGAAUUGGCAUUACUACCCUAUCCAGUUACGGUUAUACAAGGCUUUUUCUUAGAAUUCAUCUGUACAGUCGUUCUCUCCUUUGUCAUUUUCUUUACGACAUCGUACAACACACACAAGGAAGCGGCUCUUCCAAUUGGACUGGUCGUUUUCUCUUCUUUUUUGCUUGCUUCUGAUCGAGAUGGUGCAGCUCUUAAUCCUUGGAGAUGGUUAGGACCAGCGGUUGCUUCGAACACGUAUAGCAACUAUGCCUGGAUCUAUUCAGUUGGACCUAUUGGCGGGUUCAUCGUUGGAUUAGCGUUUUUCCGAGUCUACAAACUUAUUUGGAACAAGUAA